GUGUGUGAAAAAAGGUAUUAGUAAAUCACGACAUCCAUCAUGGUAUACAUAUUGAGGAGCGGGCUGAUAAACGGUAACUUGGUGUCCCUUUCUUUCAUCAUCUAUCAUUGUUGAUUUCAGAAAACCUUAGCAGAAGACCAACAACUAAACUGACCCAGAGUUCCACAUACGGUUCUCUGAAUGCUGAUUUAGCCAAUGACGGCGUUUUAAACACAAUAGAAAAGUAUUGUGCUCACACUGCCAUAAGCCAUACAAAAGCCUGGUUACAGGUGGAUCUAGGAAAGAUGUUUAGCAUCAACAAUGUGAAAAUCUUUUAUAGAAAUGAGGGAAAUACCGGUUGGAAACAGUACCGGUUCAGACAGUUUUAUUUAGACGUCUCCACUCUACGUGCAACUGAGACAACAGCCGUACAGAGAACACGCUGUUACACGGACAAUACAACCGCCCCCUACCUACCAUCCACAACCAUUGACAUUCCAUGUAAAGAGACGGCGCGAUACAUCAUAGUGGAAACGACAUAUGACGCGCCUGAAGAUGACCCAAUUACAGGAGCUGUUCUAGAAAUCUGUGAAAUAGAAGUUUAUGGUUGCGAAGUUGGUCAAUAUGGCGAUUAUUGCAAAUGUUGUGAAGGGUGUCAAGAGUGUGACAUUGAAAACGGCAAGUGCGCCAAACAACCAGAGCUUUCAAUCCAAUCCCACGAACAGCCAUGUGAUCAAUCCAUUCUAUAUGGCGUUAUAUCGGCUCUCUGCUUUAGCCUCAUUUUUAACAUCAUUUUUGUCAUUUGGACUUUUAAAAAUAAAGUGUGCGGAGGCAAGGGACAAGAGAAAGACGUACAAACUUCUGGUCAGACAUCAACUAAAGCCCCGUCAACAGACCCUGUAUUAUAUAAGAUAGGAGAGGACAACGAAGGUUACCAGGAACUUAGAGUUACUUGAUUUUGUGAUCUCAGUGGCACACAAUUAAAAUAUGUGUUUUUGAUUUUCAAUUACUUUUCAUUAAGAAUGCAUUUCAAUGUUUGGAAAGUUU